AUGGCAGCGACAGCGGCUGAACAGAAUCAAAGCAACGGCACAAACGGGACUACUGGCGCAGCUACAGAAAUCUCUACCACCACCAACCAGAGCCUGAGCGCGGACGAGAUCGCCCUCUACGACCGGCAAAUUCGACUCUGGGGCGCUCAAGCACAGGAGCGCAUACGGUCGGCGCAUAUUCUGCUCGUCUCACUUCGCGCGCUGGGGACAGAAAUUGCAAAGAAUCUGACUUUGGCCGGCAUCAAUUCACUGACGAUCAUCGACGAUGAGCCCGUCACAGAAGAAGACUUGGGAGCGCAGUACUUCUUGAGGGAGGAGGACAUCGGCAAGCCUCGAGCACAAAGCGCAAUUCCUCGGAUACAGGAACUCAACCCACGUGUUACUGUCAAGACGGAUGGCAGCCUCGCUGACCUGCUCGGCCAAAACGAAACUUACUACGCACCUUUCGACUGCGUGAUCGCAUGUGAUCAUGACUUCCUCACCCUCUCGAUGAUCAACACCGCAGCUCGUGUGGCCAGCAGACCGUUCUACGCAGCCGCAGUUCAUGGCUUCUACGGCUACAUCUUUGCAGACCUGAUGAGCCACGAGUUUGUGGUCGAGCGCGACAAGUCGAACAUGACCACCAACAUCGGGCCCGAAACCAUGACUCGGUCAGUCCUCAGCGUCUCCAGCAAGCGCGAACGCAACGGCAAGACCGUUGAAGUCGUCAAGAAGCAGGAAAACUACUGCCCUCUCAUCCUCGCCAACAGCUCUCCACUACCAGGUGACAUCCUUCGCAACAACCGCAAACUCAAAGCAGUCCCAGCACUUCUCCCUUGUCUGCGAGCGCUCUUCGAGUUUCAGCGCAACUUCGCUCGUCUUCCCGGCCACACCAACGAGGACAUCCGAACUUUCACCACAAUCGCUACCAGCAAGACAAGCGAGCUUCAACUCCCAGCCCUUCGUGCAGAUUUCUUACGCAGCUUUCUUCAAAACCUUGGCGCGGAAAUGGUGCCCACGGCCGCGUUCGUCGGUGGCAGACUUAGUGAGGAUGUCAUCAAUGUGCUCGGCAAGCGUGAGCAACCGAUCCAGAACUUUGCGCUUUUCGAUGGCGAUGCGCUGGAUGGCAGGAUCUACAGCCUGUACAGUCCGCCACCGGAGCUCGCGAUGGGCGCGGAGAUGGGCGGGAUGCCUGGGAUGUCGAACGGCGGCGGCGGCCUGAACAACGGCAUGGAUGGUAUGGGCGGGAUGGGCGACAGCAUGGGCAUGGGCAACGGGAUGGGUGUGGGGAUGGGUGGCGACAUGAGCAACGGCAUGGCCAUGGGAGCCGUGGAUGGCAUGCAGUACGCGCCCUUGGAUCCGAACUUCCAAAUGCCUGGAGCGGCGCAACAGUCGUUCGGUGACCUGCCAGGACCUCAGUCAAACCCAGGAUUGGAGGGUGGCAAUGACCCCUCAGCUGCUGCUGCCGCAUCCGCGGAUGGUGGUCAGGGUGCCGGUAAUGCUGGGCCAAAGAGCGCGCCGGCGGAAACAGGUGACAAUGCGACGACCAUGGGUGAGACUUAA